GCAGACGAAGGAACUGGAUGGUUUUGUAUGCAGAGUGGGACGGUGCUGUUACGUUUUUUUGGGGGGGGGGGGGAACAAAAUUAGAGGAUUAUUUAGAUAAUGGUGUUUUCUACAGAACCUUGCACGGCUCCCAACUAAUUGCAGUGAUGUGAGCCGUUGACUGAUUGACUCAAAGUGUUACCCACAAUCAAGAGGUCCUUCCGUUCACCAUGGAGGAACUCGAUAGCAAUCUAAUGUCGGCACCCAAAGUGGAGCUGUUAGUUGACGUGCCCCAGCGGAUAUUGAAGGGACUUCCUCAGGAGGUGACCUUGCAGCAGUCAGCCGUGGAUGAAAGACGCCUAGGUGUGUGGGCCACGAGGUUCAUUCAGAAAGGACGAAAAUAUGGUCCAUUUUUUGGGGAAAGGAAGAAAAAAUCCCAGGUCAAAAGCAAUGUGUAUAUGUGGGAGGUUUACUUCCCCCAAUUCGGGUGGAUGUGUAUUGAUGCCACAGAUCCAAACAAGGGCAAUUGGUUGCGGUAUGUGAACUGGGCUCGCUCCUCCAAUGAGCAGAACCUCUUCCCGCUGGAGAUCAACAGGGGUAUCUACUACAAGGUCUUCAAGCCGAUCCAACCGGGGGAGGAACUGCUGGUGUGGUACAAUGGGGAAGACAACCCAGACAUUGCAGCUGCUCUAGAGGAAGAGAGAAACAACCAUCUGCACAAGAGGAGCUCUCCCAGAGGCAGGAAAGGAAGGAAGAAAUCUCGGCGGCAGAAAUUAGGAACUGAGGAAGGACUUGUGCAAGGUUAUCAGAAGCAUGAAACUUGUGUCUCACGAACCAAUUCAUCAGAGCAGAGAAUAUUAGUUCAUAGAAUCGUUACUCAGAAGGUUAUGGCUCAGCCAAAGGACCUACAGAUGUCUCUGGAGACAGAAAUGACAUCUGAAGAAAAUUCUAUUGAAAAUCUUGCAAAAAAGAAAAUUCCUAUUAAAUCUCUGAAGCAGAAACCAAAAGGAGAUCAGAAUGGAAUGCAAGACAUUGAAGAAACACACAUGUUUCCCUGCAAAAAUUGUGAGCGCAGAUUUACCACAAAGCAAGGUCUGGAACGUCACCAGCACAUCCACGUAUCAACAGAAGGAUUCACGUUCAAGUGCCGGUAUUGUGGGAAAGCCUUUGGCACCCACAUCAAUAUGAGACGCCAUGAGCGACGUCAUGAAGCUGGGCCCAAGAAAAAGCCUAUGUUAAAAGUGAACAUAUCAGGACAACACCAGAAGGGUGAUUUUGAUUUUGAUAAAACAGCAGUCGACAUCUGUCCUGAUCCUUCAAGUAGACUAGAAAACCCAACAGCUCUGAAAACGGAUUCUGAGACUUUAGCCCCAAAUCUGGACAAUUCUGCCUUAAAGAGUUCUGAACCAAAAAUCCAACAUCCUUGCAAACUGUGCAAAAAGACUUUUGGCUCUUACACAAACCUGCGGCGGCACCAGCGCCGUAUCCAUGAGCGUCACCUCUUGGCUAAGGGCAUUAAGAUGAGACGGAAGGGUUCCGCAGAAGAUCACGAUCUAACCUCUGAGCAAGCCAGGGCUGGUGGUGGGCUUCAUGUUACUAGCACAGAAACUGAAGACGAUGAUGAAGAUGAGGAGGAGGACGAAGAGACUGAUGAAUGUCAGGCAUACAUCAUGGAUGUUUCCAGUAACAUCUCUGAAAACUUGAACUACUAUAUUGAUGGGAAAAUUGAAUCAAACAGUAGUACCAGCAACUGUGAGGUGAUUGAGGUUGACACUGCUUGCACGAAUCCUUUUGGACUACCUUCUGUGCUGUAUCCUGUGACAGAUGAAUCACCACAGAAUCUUAAGACCAUGACACAAGUUUCAGUAUCCCAAUCUCUUCUGAAUGAACUGAAAGACAGUGAUUUGAAAUGUCCCAAAAGAAGGCGGACCACCAGCCCUCCGCCAUUUCCAAAGGCAAAAACUGAAGUUAGUGUCGAAACCACAUCACCAGUUGUCUCACCAUUUUGCAGUCAGUCUCUGACUGGUCAGACCAGCAGUUUGAGUGGACAUCAGGAGAAAUGUAGCUUAUCUUCCAAGCUCAAGCAACUCCUUCAGAUACAAGAAAAUAAUUCACCCAGGUCAACUUUGUUUCCAGAUGCCUCAAUUGGUCCAUCAACCUCAACAGCAGCACCAAUGGGAUUUGGUCGAUUCAAGAGGAGAACAAGUUCACCACCAAAUUCACCGCAGCAUAGUCCAGUACUAAGCAGCACAGGAAAGGACUCUGAUUUUAUACGUAUAUGGAAUGAAAAUGUACCUGGUUUGAAAGCAGCAAAAAUCGAAAGCCAGAGUAGUUCUCCUGCCUGGAGUCUCUCCAGCCGAGAUGAAAACCUCAGUCCAAUGAGUCUUGAAAUGUGUAAAAUAACAGCUUCUAAGGAAUAUGCACCAAAUCGGCCUGUGACUAAUCUCUGUACCCACCAGCCUCUGGAUCUGUCCAGUGGUUUUAAAUUGCAGUCUGAUAUAAAAACAGAAGUGGAAGGGCCUGGAAUAACCAUCUUAGAUUUGAGUUUGCAUAAGAAGUUGUGCAGUGAGAAUGAAGUCAAAGAGGAAAUGGGAGUUGCUGGUGCUCAAGUUUCAUGUAGCAGUAAAAAGAAGAAACCUACAACUUCUGUAUUAGAGAAAGUACUUAUGAAUGAGUAUAAUGGCACAAUGAAACAAGACUCUGAGGACAGUCCUCAGCCAUGUCUAGAGGUAGAGGCACCACCUAAUCCUGUCUCAACCCCACCUUUGGCUACAACCCCAACUCCAGUAACAACCCCUGCUCCUUCUCCCCCUCCUCCAGUCCUCUCUGUCCCUUCGCCCCUACCAGAGUCUGUGACCCAAGUCCUGCAGUCGAUAACUCCAGCUUUGUCACCAGUCAGCAUAAACAUUAAAGAAGAAGUUAAAGAUGAAGGCUAUCCAGAUACAGACAGCGAACGUGAAUUGAACAAUAACCACCCACCCACCAUUGAACCAGAGUCCCCCCAAGAAACGCUCAUUAAAAACUGCGCUGAAGAGCAGGAGAGUACAGAAAACUCUCAGCCCGCAGAACAAGAGGAAAAACCUGAGCCAGCUUUCACUAAAAGUUUCCAGUGCAAUGUCUGUGAAGCUCCUUUCCUUUCCAUCAAGGAUCUUGCCCAGCAUUUGUUGGUUCAUGCUGAGGAAUGGCCUUUCAAAUGUGAGUUUUGUGUGCAGCUCUUCAAAGAGUCAACUGCAUUGUCUGAGCACCGGUCUUCUUUGCACGGGGUGGGCAAGAUCUUUGUGUGCUCUGUUUGCAAGAAGGAGUUUGCAUUCCUUUGCAAUUUACAGCACCAUCAAAGUGAUCUACAUCCUGGCCAGCAGUGCUCACACAUAGAAUUAGAAAAUGGAAUACUGAGACCCCAGAACUUCACAGACCCAGGCAAGGCCACCAACUGUCUUAGCCAGUCAAUUGGAGAAAGUUCCACACCACCAUCACCACCAGCACCAGCACCGCAAGAGGGAACAGAGGAUGAUGAUGAUUCUAGUGACUUAACAGAGGAGCUGUACACUACAAUAAAGGUGAUGGCAUCUGGGAUAAAACCCAAGGGCCCUGAUGUCCGUAUGGGUCUCAAUCAACGUUACCCUAGCUUCAAGCCCCCUCCAUUUCAAUAUCAUAACCGCAAUUACGCCAGUGCGGUGUCAUCAGCUGUAAAUUUUACCACACACAACAUCCCUCAAACUUUUAGUACAGCCAUUCACUGCACAAAAUGUGGCAAAAGCUUUGACAACAUGCCUGCACUCCACAAGCACAUCCUGGCCUGCGCAUCUGCCAGUGACAAGAAACGAUACACCCCCAAAAAAAACGCAAUCCCACUGAAAAGGAAGGUCUGGAAGAAAAACGGGGCAAUCGCUGCAGAGCCAGUCAAGCAGAACACCAUCCGAAGGAUGGGCCAGCCAAAAAGGCUUAACUUUGAAAUCGAGACAAAGCCAAAAAUGACCAUGAGUAAGAUCAAAAUGAAUGAUCUGAAAAAUCGGAAGAACAAAUUGGUGCAAAAGGCAAUCUCGCAGAAGAACCGUUCAUCUGCAAAGGAGAAAGCUAUGUUAAAAAGCAGGAGCUCAGAAAGCCAUAAUUGCCCUUAUUGUGAGAAAGAAUUCACUUACUUAGGAAGUCUGAACAAACAUGUAACAUAUAGUUGUCCCAAGAAACCAGCAUCCCCUCCUGCCAAAGGGUCAAGCUCUCACUCCCCAGCCAGCAGUGAUAAGGGAGGUGGCCAGCGCAGGAGGACCGCAGAUACUGAAAUCAAGUUACAGAGUACUCCAGUUCUCUUGGGAAAAAGGAGAGGAAGGAUGUUGGGACCUUUACAAACUGAGUCUGUUUCUUCAGCCUCAAAGUUACAGCAGCGUAUGAAACCCAUGCCUUCAGUAAAAUCAAAGAAGCCCAACACAUCUCCGAUUGCUUCCAGGACUGCAAGUCCAGUAAGGUCAGCUAAAAUCUCACCAGCAGAGGGAAAGAGGUUAAAGUCAGAUCCCAGGCAGCGAUCUUCUACCACCUCUACUAUGACUUCGCCACGGCUGUACCUCCGAAUGAAGAAUAAGAAAGUUGUUUGGCAGAGGAAGACAAAUGUGGUCAAACAAAAAAGAUCUGAGAGAUACAUGGGAAAGACCAAGGAAACGCGAACAGGUGCUGUUACACGAAGCGGGGCUCCAACAGUUACUGAUAGCAAUGACAGUGAUUUGGAAGAUGAUCAGGAAAACCAGGGAUCAUCAUCAUCAGGUGUCCAGGUUUCCUCGUUGAAGAUGGUGAGGUAACAUCCUCAUUACUCCGUCUUGCCUUGACUAAGAAUUUGAACCUAGUUUGCUGUUUAACUGAUUCCAAGAAAUUGGGUCAUGCUGGAUUGAAAGACACAGAAAUUUGAUUAUCUGUCAUGCUUGCUUCAGCCAGUUCUUCCAGUGAGCUGGUGCAAAUUUCUGCAGGCAGGAUGCAUUAUAUUUAAAACAAAAAAAAAGUUUCAAUGCUGUGUCUAAGUACCAGUCUUUUGCAAACGUGCAGCCUAUGGACAAGACUGGAAGAGCAGAUAAAGAGACCAUAUUUGGCAUGCACUUUGCGAAUUGGAAUUAUUUUAUUACAAGCCAUCGGGCUACAGGCUGUGCAUGGUCACCUAAGCAACAAGUGGAAAUACAAGUCUUCAUUAAGAAGUAUGCUUUGGAAUAACAGGAACAGUUAUCACCGAACUGGCCUAAAAUUCGGUUCUGUCUGUUAUUUCUGAUAUUUUUUGGGGGGGAGGGGGGGGAUGGUAUCCACUUAAAAGAUUUAUUACUUAUACUGUUAAGGUCGAAAGAGAGAAUGUUUGUGAAAGCUGUCUCUGUGCACCCAACUCCUCCCUUGUUCUCUUUCCCACUGCAAAAUUGUUCCAAUGCCAUUUUGAAUGGUAAGUGCACCUAGAACAACAGAUUGAAUGUGUUGCACAGGACUGCUACCAAAAUGGUCUUCAGCAGGUCCCAUGCCCAGAAACACUGCUGCAGUUCUUUUCUUAUCCCUGGGCUUUAAAUGGUGAAUUUUGUUUGGCUCUAUUCUCCCACCACCUGCACUUCUUUCUCUCUUUUAUCGCUGAGAAAGUCACCUCUUCCUCUCAAGACUCUUUCAUUUUCUACUGUAAUUUUAUGGAUGAAUUUUUGACUUGAAGUGGGGGGGAGAUACUAUUUUUCACACACACCCAUUUCUGUUCUUAACUUAAAAUUGAUCUACCUCUUUAAAAUUAAAAUUUUUAAUCAACUUCUUUUGCGAAGUCCACGCCACUUUAGCUCUCCCACUUUCAAAACCAUUCCUGUUUAUGUUUCUUUUUGUGGGGACUUUGUUGAAAUAACAAAAAAAAAUUGUAUGAAGUGUUUGUAGUAAUUAAAUAACAUAGGAUAUAUUUAAAAUUAUUUAAAUUGUGUUUUCAGGCAGCAGUGUCUGAUGUUUGUGAUUCCUUCAUUGCAUUGUUAAUUUUCAAUUUUUUUUCGUUUUAUUUUAAUUUGGGCUGUGAGAAUAAAUGUGUAGACCGUUUCUGUAACCAGA